AAAUUAUAAUGCUAAAAUGAAGCCAAAACUCGAUGGAAAUGAGAAAAGCAUGUUCCACAUGAUUUCCACACCAAGACUCACCGGGUGGUCAAUUAUAUAGUUUAUAUAUACGGCUAACAGACAUAACCCUCUUCCCUGUACUGGUUUUCUAGCCUUUGCACUAAGCUAGGAUUGAAGUCGAAAAGCAGAGCAAUGAGUUACAGGCCUGUUCCUGGUGAGCCUCCACCCCCACCCCCGCCAGAGUAUGCACCGCCGCCGCCGCCGCCGCCCCCUCCCCCGCCGCCGCCAGACUACCCUCCUCCUCCAGGCCCCCCACCACCACCUGGCUAUCAGGGUUACUAUUAUCCGCCGCCACCGCCAAACCCAACUCCACCCCCGCCCCCUUCACACCAAGAGGAUGGUGAACCUGACUGCUGUUCAGUCCUCAGAGGCUGUUUGGCUGCAAUUUGUUGCUGCUGGAUAUUGGACGCAUGCUGUAAUUAGGCCCUUAGAUGCAAUCUGAUCUUUAUUUGAGAUGUCCUACAGUAGUGUUGCAGUAUUACUGGAAAAUUGAAACUGUAGAUGCACGUUACGAAGACAAGCGCAUGCUUUACAUGAUGAAGGGGAAGGUUUUCUUGUUUGACACUUUCAUGUUUGCAAUUGUAAUCCUAUAUUUUAAGUUCAUUUCAAAGUUGUACUUCUACGUGUAACACUAGUGGAGUAGGCAUCCAGCUCAAUUUGAACUUAUAAUAUUGAAACAUUAAUUUACAAUUUA